CAAAUCCUAUUUGAAUAUAUUCAGUGUCAUUUAAUAUUUGAGUGAUACUCAGAAAAAUCCAUUGGAAUUUUCAUUCAGAUGCUCAGUAUAUUUUUAAUUUUACAUUCUUUAUUUGUCUGUUUUAUUUAGGUUUUGAAGGUUUCUUUAAAUAUUUUUACAAAAACUACAAAACACUAUGUUACAGAGUAUUAUUUAUUGAAUAUAAUUCAUGAAACAAUCUAUUCCUCUUUGAGAAAUACUUGUGUUUUUGAUACAUCUCCAUUAAGUGCUCUUAAUGAGAGGAUAUUUUGAUGUUUUUAUAGAAGUGAUUGUUAAGGUAACAGGUAACAUAUUUUUAGGACAUUUUGCAGGUAACCCUUGCCUUUUCCUUGAGAUGUAGUCCUGGAAAAUUCACCGGAAAGGAGAUUAAGAACAAACCGUCCAUUUUACCUGUGAUCUGUUUUGCACAAUGGCAAAGCUUUAGCUACGCAUUCUCACCACCAGAUGGUAUUUUCCUAUAAACUGAAACGUUAGCUUUGCCUGUUUCUGCUGGUUGUACCUCCCCUGCAUUGAGCACGGACAUGACAAGCAGCAGACUCCGGCAAGGUAGACCGAGACAGGACCCCAGGAGAAGGGGCGUGGAUACAUGCUUGUUUAACCUAACCGGAGGUAGGUUACAGUGACAACAGGGACAGAUGAAACGAAAGCAGAGUACUUCAGAAACCGUCCAAAGGGCAGUUAGGAAAAUGUAAAACAACACAAGGAGGGACUGCCUAUUUAUGGGCUGCAAGAUUUAAAAAUAUUUGUAUUGUUUUUGCAUUAUGAAAAAACAAAUUUUGUGCGAUAGUUUUGAUGAAAGGUGGAAGUUCUGCCUAGUUUUGAGUGCAUUUUUUUUUUAAAGGAUGAGAAUGUUACAGUGCUAAACUUGACAGAAAAGAAACCAUUGAAAUGCUGAUAAUUUUAGUAGUCUUUUAAGAAGUGUUGAGGGGGCAAAGACUACAAAUUAUGCCAUACAAAGAUAACCCUGUAACUCUGUUUUGGAUUGCUAACCUGAGUUUCAGUUAAUUCAGUUUGUAAUAACUAUUAAUGAUCUCUGUUUACAAUAAAGACUCUAAAUUGUUUGCUGUUGAUUUUUUUAAUGGUUUAAAUUAAGGUUCCUACUUAAUCGUUCAAACAUGAUGGAUUUAAUUAUAGCUUGAUAAUACUUAAAUACACUGGUAUUUGUAUAAUCUCUCUGGAAUCCCGGAGCUUACAGUUCGAAGCUGUCCAGUUCCUGUCUGGACAGUCCUAGCCUCUGUGCAUUGCAGAAUGUCUCUCUAGUGGCUCCUCCCUCAGUGUUCCAGGGGAAUAUGUGUCCUGUCACUGUGGCAAGAGGCCAGAGCCUGAAGGAUGAAAGGGCGAAGGUUUGCCACAGGGUGGGCAGACAGGCUCCAAAGGCAGAUGGGUGGAGCCUCAAAGGCUCAGGUCUAAAUCCCCACCUGGCUAGAUCCAGAUAGAAGACUGUUGGCACACUACCUAAGAACCACAAGGUUUCCCUCACUCCGAAGAAAACCACAGGGUGAAUGUUCCUGGAAAAGCAGACACAGAGGCAUUAUGAAAAACCUGCAUUUCAGAGCCAUAACAAUGCUAAUAGGUCUUUAUUUUACUGGAACAAUGACAAACCCAUCAAGGAAAAGCAGUAUUUCAUUCAAUUCUGAGUGCCAACGGAAGGGAUAUAUUCUGACAAAUUGUUCUUUUACUGGAGUGCAUGAUACACCUGUGGACAGACCACAGACAGCAGCCACAGGGGAUACAAGUGCCCAUUUCUUUAGGGCUCUCUUACAGUCCCCCAUGAAAAAAGGAGACUGCAAUAUAAAACAUCUGGACCUCAGUAACAAUCUCUUUUCAAAAAUAACCUUAAGCCCCCUUGCACACUUCCAUGCUUUGGAAAUACUAAACCUCAGCAACAGUUCCCUCUGCUCCGUCUGGUUGGAUCUACCCAGUCCUAAGUCACCACGGCAGAAACGCCGCAGACGCAGCUUGAGACGUGGGCUUGCAUUUCUACAGCUGUUAAUUCUUCAAAGAAACAAACUCCGUGACAUUCCCAAGGGACUGUGGAAACUAAAGUCAUUACAGAGUUUGGACCUGUCGUUCAAUGGGAUAUCACAGAUAGGUUUGUCUGACUUUCGUAACUGCCUACGGCUGGAGAACCUCAACUUAAAGAGCAACAAAAUAUUCAGAAUUCAUCCAGGAGCCUUCAAGGACCUCAAGAAGUUACAGCAGGUUGUAGACCUCAGCAACAAUGUUCUCACCACCAUCCUGCCAAUGAUGCUCAUUGCCCUAGAAUUUCCCCAUCUGGAGGUGGACUUGGCUGAUAAUCGAUGGCAGUGUGACCAUAGUGUGGCAGCCUUCCAAAAUUUCAUUUCUGAAUCCUGGAGGAAAACAUGGAAUAUAAUUUGCAGCCAGUCUGUAGGGAACGAGGAGGCCUACCGGUGGACUCCCCAAAGAAUUUCCAGGGAGACCCGCCUUCCUCUCGUUACUAUGAAUCAUAUGAAAAGCCUCAUAGCAGGCAGAGCCGAGCGGCCCCAGGAGGGACCAUCCGAGCACUUUUCCACCCUGGGGAGCAAGGACCCUGCCGGCACCCACCCCAGUGAGAAGCGGAGCCGGCUGCGGAGAUGGGUCAGGAGCCCCGUAAAGGAGGAUGCUUCCCAGGACCUCACCCUGGCAGUGUGCCUGGCGGUGUUCAUCACAUUCUUCGUGGCUUUCUGCCUGGGGGCUUUUGCCAGGCCUUUCCUGGACAGACUGUGGCAACAAAGGUGCGGACACAAAAGGCCCAGUUCGGAUAACGCGUACUCCAACGAGGGCUUCUGUAUCGACAUCGAAGCUGCAGCCAACACCCAGGGCCUGAGGACAGACCUGCCCCUCCGUGAGAAGCAGGCCCCUGCAGGCCCUGAUGCUGCUGCCCUCCCUGACGGAAUUCUUUCCGGCAGCCGGCAGAGGAGGGGACUGUGCGGGGACCACAGUGGCCCUGGGAGUGGAAAGGAUGACGUACUUCUGAGUGACAGCGAGGCCCGCUCCACUCUCCGAGGACAGACAAACGCCCAUCAUAAGGAACCAACUCCUGCAGGACAGGAUCACAUCUACCAGAAAGAUGUUUUUGGAGAAAUAAAUUAUGCGACGGUGGCCCAGGAAGAUUCUCUCAGUGAGCACUCAGUGGACGUCCCUGCGGCAGCUGGCAGAUUGCUAACUGUCUCUGGAUCAAUUCAUAGUGAUUCGGAUGAAUUCAACGCACCACUCUCACAAGGAAUGACAGCUUCUCUCUCUAAAAUGCAAACAUGUACGAAAGCACAGAGGACUGCAGAGAACGAGAAAAGAGGGGACACCGAAUGGUUACCUUCGGAGUUUUCAGAGGAAACGCAAGUGAGCAUUUACACGAAUCUGCUGGACACACAGCAGCAGAGGCUCACGAGGGCCAGUGCUGAGGAGGGGCUUCCCGCCUGCUCCAGUGAGGUCACACUCGGUGACCCAGGAGAGAUGAACCCAUCCCCACCAGUCCUUCCUCCAGGAUGGGGCCAUGACCUGCGUGUCACGCCUGCUAACACGGAACCAGAGCAGAAACAUGCUCCUUGUGACCCUCAGUGCGAGCUGGACAGCAACUACGAUUCUGAUGAAGGGUCUUUAUUUACCCUCAGUUCAAGUUCAGAUGAUGAAAGAAAUGUGACAGAAGAAGAGGCACAUGGCGAGGAGAGCCACAGGGCCAGCGGGCCCCCAGAGGACAAGGACUCAAGGGUGAGGAAGGACAAUGUUACAUCAUUAGAGGAUCCUGAGGCCUACAGCACUUUCCAGAAGAUUCUGGGGAAAUGUGAGAAUCAGGAGGAUCGUUUUGAAAAACCUCUCAUUUUUGGUCCAGACUCUGGUUUAUACGAGACUCAUCUGGAAAGUGCCUCUAACCCUCAUACAGUUGAGGAUGCAUUGACCUUGCCUGGAUCACCGGGCAAUAGUCCCCUCAGGGAUGAGAUCGCAGGCAAGGUCACUUAUGAUUAUGCCACAGCUCUCCAAUCUGAGGCAGUAGAGUGGCAGUGCUCACUUAGAGACUUAGAAUUUUUCAGUGUAGAUGUCUUACCACAAAGACCAUCAUGUUCUCCUGAAGCUCCCUCAGAUUCUGAUAAGAGUGACUGUCAUGAAAGAGACUCAGAUAUUUACAAAUACGAACCUUGCAUUCAGGGGAGAAACACAGCUCAAAAUGAUACUCCUCUCAAGGUCACUACAGGUGAAAACUUAAGACCCUCACCACAAAAUCCUGAAGGGGUCAACAUGAAUUCCCACCCGAUAGACACUGAUGCAAAUGAGGAGUUGACAUGGCCUCUUGAGGACUAUGAUUCCAGGAAGGUUAUAAGCCAAACUCGAUUGUUACAGUCCUGUGGUGACGAGCCAGCUCUUCAGUGUGAAAGAGAAGAGAGGGAUUAUACUGAAAACAGUUCCAGGAGCCAGGGGCCACUGUUACAAGAGCCUCCAAAUGAAACCAGUUCAGUAGGAGCACAGGAGCCCUUUGGUGAUAGAGACUGGGGUACAUAUUCACAGGAGAACGUGUCGCAGUCAGAAAAGGAGCACUGUAACGUCUCUACUCAAAUGCAGACCCAGAACAACCUGUUGGGAGUUGGCUCUCUGUGUGAGGACCAGCUCUACUACGACAGAGACCAGGACAUUUGAAAGUCAAACGGAACUCAAAUAACCUUUUAGUAUAGACUGAAGCACCAGACAGAACGGCUGAACCCAUUUUAACAAAUUCUGCACAAAGGACAUCACAGCUUUUGAGAGGUCGAUCAUGAAACUACAAAGUUGGGGGGGAUUCAGAGUAACUCUAAAUUGGUUUUUUUUCCAUAAGUUAUGUUAAAAGAGGGACCAUUUUGUAGACCAAACAGUAAAUUAAAAAUCAGUCUUCAAGAA